AUGGCCGACUUCCUGGCCAGCUUCAACUUCGGCCAGGCCGUACCAACUGCAGCCGACGACUCCGCAUGCCAUUCCAUUGACGACAUCCAGGCGCAUCUGCGCAACACAUUCGAAGCAAAGGUCACACCCACCAGGGCUGAGCACAUAUCCCUGAGUCUUGAGCUGCGCGGCUCGUCGAGCAUUACACUCCCUCAGAACGAAAAUGAUAGCCUUGAUGGCGCCAGCGAGCGCCCGGCGGAAGGACAACCCGAACGACCUAUGCGCACAGUGUCUGUGAACGAUGCGCUGGCUAGACAAACGGAUGACCCCCAAUUACAGCGCACCAUUGCGAAGCAUAUCCUGCGCGCGAUGGGGGACGUCGAUAACAGUAACUGGAUAGUACGGGACAUGUCAAGGGCCUCUCAAGGCUGGUCAUUCACCUAUAUCUGUAAAGGCUCGCAUCAAUUUUGGAACCGGCAAAAUACCAAGAACCCUCCAGCAUCCUUGAUUGGGGAGUUCAGUUUGCGAGAACCUGAUCCCGUAUUGAUGGGGCGCCCUGCAUUUGAUUGCCGUGGAUCCGUCUUGGUCGCAUUUGAACGCAGUAGCCGCUCCAUAACAAUUCGAUAUGAGCACACGCCUAUACACCGUACAGUCGCACAGUUGAAGGAGUUGUAUCCACCACCUGCGCGGGAGCUUGGUGCCGGGGCCCAGCGUCAACUUCAGCAAAAGACCCCUGUGAAGUCAAAGAAAUCGAGGAAUAAGAACAGCGAAAGUACGGAACAGGGUCAGGGCCAAAGUCGGCCCAAGAAGAAACGGAAAGCAGACACUGGCGAAGAGGGCGAGGCUGGCAGUCGACCCAAAAAGCCGAGGAAGAGGAAGAAGAAGGCAGAAGAUGCUGCUCCCCAACAGCUUCAACAAGAGCUGGCCCAUGACCCCGGCCAAGAAACUUCCCAAGGCCAAUCAAACAUGGAACCGGCAACCAAUGUCGGAUUGCCUAGCCAGCCUUCGAAUCAACCUCAACCCUCCUCCCAUCUUCACCCAGUAAAUGUCGAUGCCGCCGAAGCAACCCGUCGCUUAGCCCAUGCGACAAAGUUGCUGGAAGAUGCUGGAAUCGAUCCAAACACACUGUCUUCCGACCAGAUGCACAUUUUUUCUAAUCAACUUCCCGAACUACAAAGAGACUCACUUGCCUUGCUUUCCAAGUAUGGUGCACAGCACAUUGUCAUUGUUCCUCCCAAGGACAAGCCUGGAGCUGCUCCUCGGAGCCAGUCAUCAACCCCGGUUCAGACGCAACAAGCCCCUCCUCCUGCCGCGGCAACCACUACGCAGGCUGGGACAAAAGACGCCCGUGCGGGUGCAACUGCAAAGGAUGGUGCACAACCUUCAUCUGAGCAGGCAUUAUUGGAAGCUGCUGCAAGUGCUCUUAGCACAGUCGCUCAAGGUUCAAAGAAAAAGGGCAAACGACCUCUGGGAAAGUCACGACUCGCGUGUUCGUGUUGCAAAAAUCGCAAGGUCAAGUGUCCCAAGGAGAGGCCAAUGUGCUCUGAAUGCCAAACUCAUAGCUUUGUCUGCGAGUAUCCUCCCACAAAAUCAAGAAAGCAGAAGACAGUCUCUGAGCCGGCUGUUAUUGACGACGACGAAGGAGAUGAUGAAGAAGUUGAAGAAGAAGAACAGGAGGAAGAAGCCCCUGACGAAGAUGAGGAUCAAAGCACAUAUUAUACCGGCGUGACACAACAACCGUCGAACUCACACGCUGUCCACACCGAAGAGCAAGACACAUCUUAUUCACAGAUGCCCGUGGCAGAUAUGCUGAGGCCCAUCGCCCAGCAUAAUGCGUCGGAAUCAUACCCAGCACAAUCCACUUACUACCAGCCAGCGACAGUCGCAACGGAACCACAAGUCGAGCCAAGUCAAGCUCGCAUGGAGCUUCAGGAUCAGAAGCUGUAUUAUGAAUCGGCCUCGGAUCGGGCUUUUGGUGUGGACGUGUCGAAAUUCACGGGAGUGGCGACAAUAGAAUUGUCCACGAAGAAGAAGAUACCCCUUGCACUGGCUGCAGAUAACAAAUAA